AGCCCGGAAGCUGCUGCUGGCAGUUACGAAAACAUAAACACGAGAAAGUAGCGGAGCAAAGCACCCGAUAAGUCUGCGAUCCGCCGUAAAAUAAGAAGAAGGAGAGGAAGCAAAGAUCCUUUAAUUGACGUGCUCAAAGGAACUAAUGUCUGUGUUGUUGUCAGUGCUGGUCGGUGUGCUCGCUGCAUACCUUCUGAUUUAUUACAGCCUGUUUAAAGGAGCUAGAUUUAAGAGCAACGUGACCUUAAAAGGGAAAACAGCAAUUGUUACAGGGAGUAAUACAGGCAUUGGCAAAACCACAGCCUUGGAUCUGGCCAAGAGAGGGGCCCGAGUGAUCCUCGCCUGCAGAAACAAAGAGAAAGCUGAAGCUGCAGUUUAUGACAUAAGAAAGGAAAGUGGGAACCCCGAGGUGCUGUACAUGCAUCUGGACCUGGCCAGUUUGAAGUCUGUGCGUGGUUUUGCAGAGACUUUUCUGAAGAGUGAACCGAGACUCGACUUGCUCAUUAACAAUGCAGGUCUUAUCGUGUCAGGCAGAACUGAAGAUGGCUUUGGCAUGGCGUUCGGUGUCAACCACCUGGGCCACUUUUUGCUGACGCUGUUGCUGUUGGAUCGUCUAAAGCAGGCAGAGCACAGCCGCGUCGUCAAUGUGUCCGCCCUGCUGCAUCGACUGGGGUCUGUGGAUUUCAACCUCCUCAACACACACAAGGAUCUGGUCACAGGUCAGUCAUCCUGGCACGCAUUCAGAGCCUACUGCCACAGCAAACUGUGUAAUGUGCUCUUUACCCGAGAGCUUGCAAACCGACUGGAGGGGACGAGUGUCACUUGCUAUUGUCUGCAUCCAGGUGUAAUAGCCACUGAGAUCGGUCGGAAUAUGGGUGUGCUGCAGAAGCUGCUUUUCCUGCCCAUGUCCAAGCUGUUUUUUCUGGACCCAGAGGGAGGUGCGCAGAGCACGCUUUACUGUGCUUUGCAGGAGGGGCUUGAGCCUCUGAGUGGACGGUAUUUCUCUUCCUGUGCCUUGCAGAAUGUUAGUGCUCAAGGAAAGGAUGAUGCCUUGGCCAGGAAGCUUUGGGAAGUGAGCGAGAGGCUGUGUGGCCUGUGAGUGAGCUCACACAGGUUUGUAGAACAGUAGAACUCUAACACAGAAUAAAAGAGAUUACUAACAGGGUUAUGAGCAGGUGUAUACAUUUGUAUUUGGUAUACAAUACUUUAUAAUAUUUUGUUGCUUUAAAUGAACACAACUUAAUAAAAUUAGGGGUGCACUGAUAUAUAAAAUUUUUGAUACAAUAAGCUGUUAAUUGUUUUUU